AUGGAAUCCGCAUCCUUCAAAGAUCUCCUCGUCGUCAAGACCGGGGUGAAGGUCUGGUCGACCGUCGCCGCGACUCUCUUCUCACUACUCCUCGCCGCCGGUCUCGUCGAGUCGCACAUCCGUCCAUCAGCUCUGUUGCCUACCGCGCUCGUCGGCCUCUACGCAGUCUACUCGGAGCGGCAGGACGUCCUCGGCGCCGCCACAUUCCUUCUCUGGUGGUCGUACAUCUCAGACGCUCUUUGGUUCGCGAUUGGCCCGCUCGGCCUCGACGCGGCGUCCCGGUCUGUCCAACUCGGUGGGCUGACAGUGGCGUCUCCAGACGGCGACUCGCUCCUCUGCGUGGCUCGCGAGGCGCCGUCUGGCCUGUCGAUGAGCGGCGAUCACAAUACCAACCAGCAUAAAAUCGUGCAACAAUCAUAG